AGAGAGAGAGAGAGAGAGAGAGUGAGAGAGGCGGCGGAAAAAAGCUGAGCCGCCGUGCCAAAACCCUUAUUGGUUUUACCGCCAAAAGCCUCGUCAAUUUCGUUCUGUCCUUGAUUUUGUUUGAUUGAUUUACACCUUUGUGUUGAUUUAUUCCUAUCACUUGUGGAUUGGAGGUUGAAUCGGAACUUCUGACUGGAAAUUAACUGAUCAUUUGCUGAUUAUUCUGAGAAUGGACCUUAUGGCUAGUUGCACGGACAAAUUAACACAUUUUCGGAUAAAAGAGCUCAAGGAUGUACUUACCCAGCUAGGUCUUUCCAAGCAGGGGAAGAAGCAGGACCUUGUUGAUCGAAUAUUGGGUGUUCUCUCUGAUGAGCAAGGAACAUGGGCCCAAAAAAAUGCUGUUGGAAAGGAGGGAGUGGCAAAGAUAGUCGAUGAUACUUACAGAAAAAUGCAGGGUUCUGGGGCUCCUGGCCUGGCUUCAAAAUCACAAUCUGUCUCAGAUAAUACAAACAUAAAAUUCAAAGAGGAAACUGAAGAAUCUUUUCAGUUGGAAAAGAUACGCUGCCUCUGCGGAAGCACACUGCCAACUGAUUCAAUGGUCAAGUGUGAAGAUCCUAGGUGUAAUGUCUGGCAGCAUAUAGCAUGUGUGCUGAUUCCUGAGAAACCCAUUGAGGGCGUCUUACCAAAUCCCCCAGAUAUUUUUUACUGUGAAGUUUGCAGACUGAAUCGGUCUGACCCCUUCUGGGUGACGGUUGCACAUCCCCUACAUCCUGUGAAGUUGAAUAUCACGAGUGUUCCUAUAGACGGUUCAAAUCCGGGCCAGAGCAUUGAGAAGACAUUUCAACUGACAAGGGCAGACAGGGACUUGUUGUCAAAAGAAGAAUAUGAUGUUCAGGCAUGGUGCAUGCUUCUUAAUGACAAGGUGACGUUUAGAAUGCAUUGGCCCCAACAGACAGAUCUACAGAUUAAUGGUGUAGCAGUAAAGGCAAUAAACAGACUGGGCUCUCAGCUGUUGGGAGCGAAUGGUCGAGAUGAUGGACCUGUUAUUACACAAUGCACCAAGGAUGGAAUUAAUAAGAUCAUCUUAGGAGGUUGCGAUGCUCGCAUAUUCUGUGUGGGAGUUAGAAUUGUCAAGAGGCGCACUCUUCAGCAGGUUCUUAACAUGAUCCCAAAGGAGAAUGAAGGAGAGCGUUUUGAGGACGCAUUAGCUCGUGUUCUUAGAUGUGUUGGUGGUGGAGCUGCCACAGAAAAUGCUGAUAGUGAUAGUGAUAUUGAAGUUGUUGCUGAUUGCAUUCCAGUCAAUCUCCGUUGUCCGAUGAGUGGUUUAAGAAUGAAGGUGGCUGGAAGAUUUAAGCCUUGUGCGCACAUGGGCUGUUUUGAUCUUGAAGUGUUUGUGGAAAUGAAUCAACGCUCUAGGAAGUGGCAGUGUCCUAUUUGUCUGAAGAACUACUCUCUGGAGAAAAUGAUCAUAGAUCCAUAUUUCAAUCGAAUCACAUCUAAGAUGCAGACCUGUGCAGAAGAUGUGUCCGACAUUGAGGUGAAGCCUGAUGGCUCCUGGCGUGCUAAGGCAGAGGGUGACCGUAGGGCUAUUGGGGAGCUUGGGCAGUGGCAUUUGCCUGAUGGUAGUAUCUGUGCUUCAGUGGUCGUAGAAUCAAAACCGAAUCUGGAGCUUAAAUCUGUUAAACAGGAAGUUGGGUCUGAUAGUCAUGCUGGUCUUAAAUUAGGAAUAAGAAAAAACCAAAACGGAAUAUGGGAAUUUAACAAACGGGAUAAUUUGUCGAGAAGCUUACCUGCAAAUAAAUUUGAUAACGGUGACAAAGUAAUUGCUAUGAGCAGCAGUGCCACUGGGAGUGGCAGAGAUUACGGGGAUGUUAGUGUUAACCAGGAUGAUGAUUUUUCUACAGUUAAUGGUAUCGAGUACAAUUCCGUUCCCAUGAAAAUCGAUCCAGCACAUGGAUUUAACGAUCGAGUAGUGUCUGCAUCUGGCGGGGACCCUGAAGUAAUUGUCCUCAGUGAUUCAGAAGACGAAAUCGAAACACUAAUGUCGCCUGGAGUUUACAAGAAUGCUGGUGGAAUCCCAUUUCCAGAUGCACAUAACGGAAUUCCCGAUCCAUAUUAUGAAAGUCCCGCUCUUGGUGCUGGUGGAAUUUACAGUGCAAAUGAUGAUGACUUUGGAAUAAACAUGUGGUCUUUGCCUUCUGUUAGUCAAACGGGUCCUGGUUUUCAGUUAUUUGGUCCAGACGUGGAUGUCUCUGACGCCUUAGUUGAAAUGCAGCACGAUCCUCUUAAUGGUUCUUCAUCCAUUAAUGGCUAUACGGUAACUGCAGAGACUGCAAUUGGAUCUUCUACUGCACUUGUCCCCGAGUCUACUGCCCAGCAUUCUGAUAUUAUGAAUGAUGGCUUAUUAGAUAAUGAUCCUUUAGCAUUCGGUAGUAAUGAUCCUUCACUUCAAAUAUUUCUCCCGACACGGCCUUCGGAUCCAUCAGUCGAGCAGUCUGAUGCGAGAGACAAUCCGGACGUCUCUAAUGGUAUUCGUACUGAGGAUUGGAUUUCUCUCAGGAUUGGUGAUGGUGUCGGAGUUGUUCCAGGUGAAUCUGGUGCUGCAGCAAAUGAUUUGAAUCCAGGACAACAGUUGAAACAGAAGGAUGGUGCAUUGGAUUCUUUACCAGACAACGCAUCUUUGUUGCUGGGGAUGAACGACAAUAGGUCAGGAAAGACAAGUAGGGAAAGCACUGAUAGUCCAUUCUCAUUUCCUCGACAACGGCGUUCAGUAAGACCAAGAUUAUAUCUGUCUAUUGAUUCAGACUCGGAAUAAUUAAAAAGCCGAUGUGGGACUCUUUAUCCGGAGCAGUUAUCUUCUUUAUGUAAAAACCCUGCAGGAAUGAUAUCAGAUGCCAUUUCAUUUGAACAAGACAGCUGUUUCCAGAAAAGAUCCGUACCUCAUUCUCUAUGUAUAUGCCGAAUUGAAGAAAGAGCUAACACCAAUUUUGAACAGUGAAUCUGGCAAAUUUAUAGUCAUAUCACUGUGCUGCCAGCACAAGAGUUUUGCUUCUGAUAGGUAGAGUCACUCACUAUGAACCCUCUGCACUUUUGCUGAUCCAGGAUUUUGUCCUCGGGAACAGGUGGGGCUCGAUUAUCGGUUGACUUGGUAGAUUGUGCAUAUGACAGCUUUUUAUUUUAUUAUUAGGAAAACUGAAAACAAGUUUAAAUUAUUUUCUAGUUGUAGAGGGGAAGAAGGUUUUAGGACAGAGGAAUCCUCCUCAUGCUCUUAGUUUUGAUGAGAGUAGUCUUGUAAAUCUGAUUACCAAAUUUCGAUAUAUAUAGAAAUAUAAGUUCGAUGUU